AAGAUCGGCCUUUGUGGUCCCAGCAGAGAUCGAAAUCAGGUAAAUUCGUGUAAAACAGCGAGUUAAGACGAGCGUUUUUGUAGCAUAGCGUCGCCUGCUGGUUUCGUGCAAGGCAUUCGACGCGACAUCUAAAAACAGUUGAGCGCUCUCUAUCCGUUAAGAAAAUCCCGCGAAGUACGGAGGAGUCGCCUCUGCUAUUGACAUCGGCGCCAGCACGGCGGGCCGGCUCCUUUUAACCGCUCUACAGCGUCGUAACGGUUGGUGGGAAGACGUUGACUUCGUGAAUCAGAUAAAAAAAAACGGCCGUACGCGCAUUAACUUUCGGCAAUAUGGGGGACGUUAUGGGCCUGAGCCUUGACGAAAUUAUCAAGAAGGGCAAAAUCGAUCGUAAAACAAAAGGAAACAACACCAGUGGCCUACCAAAGUCGGCACCGCCACGAAAGAACAUUGGCGCACGGCGCUUCAGUAUCGCGUCGGAAAACCGCACCGACUCGAAGCGGAAGCCAAAGCCGGUUGUGGACGCACGGUUGAAGAUCAUAGAAAAGAAUCGCUCGAAGAUAGUAGAUGCGCGCGACAAGCUGGUCGAGCUGACCCGUGCUGCAGGCGACGUACGCCAGCGAUUGGUGCGCAAGGGCCUGGGCCGAGGUGGUGAUGUCGGAUCUGGGUUCGCACCAGUGACCAGCGGCAACGGGGUGCACAAGGGCAUGGGACAUCAGUCCCGCCGCCAACAGUAUCACCAGAAAUCAUCGGGAAUCAGACAGGCCAGGCUGAUGGACCAUUACGGUAUGCCGGGGCCCGACGAACUGGAUUCCAUGGAGAUAGAUGAUGAAAGAUUGAUGCACGGUGGCAACAUACGGGUCGUACCGAUCUCUUCACUUAAACGAACUGUACUGAACGAGAGCUAUAACAUGCCCAUAUCGAUGCCACCGUUGCCCACCUUCCGCGCCGUGCGCCAAUCAUCGCCGCCCUCAAGCGUCGCGGGUUGGAUGAGCGAUCCGUUCGAAUGCUACGAGCCGAUACGCCGGCCGAACCUACAGGCAGCACUGCCACCAUCAGUGCGCCCCGCACACCCACCAUACGAACCGUCAGCCGUUCGGCCGCGUAGCAACAUACGCUCUACAUCCACAACGCGCCGACCCACCUCACCACUGGCGGGCGUCGGUGGAUUGCCGCCCGAGUUGUUGUCGUCGACGAUGCGAGCCCGGUUGGAGCGAGCCCCUAAUCCAGCCGAGUCGAUGGGCAUCUUCGCCAAGAUGCCGCCCGAUGAGCCUAUUUACUCGUACAAACCUGCUACAUUCGGGGCAGGCUCAUCAUACGGGAUAUAUUCGCCUGCUCCAGCUUCGCCACCGCGCGCCGUCGCCAGCGGUUUCCGCAUUAUUGUUAGCAACCUGCACCACAAUGUGACGCAGCAGGAUAUUAAGGAGCUCUUCGAGGACGUCGGAGAUUUGCUGGAAUCGCGCCUGGUUCGUACGGGGGUCGCCGAGGUCAUCUAUCGUACGCUGGGCGAUGCAGAAAAGGCUGUAGACGCCUAUCAUAACCGCCAGCUGGAUGGGCAGCCGAUGAACUGUUUGCUGGUUCAUCCGCGCUCCAGUAAACCAAUUUCAUCAGCCAUCAAGUAUGGCAGCAGUGGCACAACGCUGGCAUCGGCGGUACCAACGACAAGUCGCGCCGUUACCGUCAGAUCGUCCGUUGCCACUAUUCCACCGGGCAAGAGCCUCACCACCAGCAGCAGCAACAAUUUUGGCGGCAACUCCAACAGUGGCGGCGGUAGCGGCAGCGGCCGAGGUCCGGGCGGCACAAAUAAACCAGAUCGUACAAUGGAGAUAGACAUCGACACGCUGCACUCGGUACUAUUCCGGCGCAAAUACUAAGUCGAUAGCCUUAGCGAUUACCGUAAGUCGAUAGCCUUAAGAACCCACGUAAUUAUCGCUGAACCGCAUGUGAGAUAGAGAGAGAUUGAGAGAUGAGGUUGGUGAAAUUGCAGAGAAAGUAAACGAAAAUGAAAAUCUAACCGAAUGACCAGGCUCGCACCUAACAUUUCUGUUGCAAACGUUGCGUUGAGCUUGGUCAGGUUAACAGUAACUGGCAGAAGAUGAACGGCAGGCGAGCGAGUUUUGUUUUGCUGAAGCUGAGAACUUAUAUCCAAGAUGAAUUCGGAUAAUUUCAAAUGUGAUCGAAAUUAAACAAUCGAAGUUAAUGUAAUCAGUUUUCUCAACAAUCAGUUUCUAUUCCUAAAAACAAAAAAAAAAUGCGAAAACAAGUAUUCACAAGUAGGGGCACGCAUUUUCUAUCGCCCAACGAAAUGCAUCGUUUGUGCAUCAUCUCAUGG